AUGUCCACCACUUCUGAGAAGAAUACUAUGGGCAUCGCGGUUGAAGAAGUCAGAAAGCCUGAACCUGAGCUUGGGGGUCAAAAUCACAGUUCUCCCAGUCUGGAGGAUCUCAUCGAGGAGGUCCCUCCUGUGGAGGACUCGCCGAGUCUGAUUGAGACUAUUGGGUAUUUGCUUUCUAUUCAAGAUGGUUAUGGACCGCCGGAUUCAACAUGGGAUGUGGAGGAUUUUGAUUAAGAUGACCUCUGAUGAUUGAUGUUUGAUGUUUUUAUGGGUUAUGUUAAAAGCCCAGGAUGAUAUUUUGGGUGGCUCCAGAUUAGCUAUUACCCCGGGUUGGACUUUGGUGCUGGAUAAUGUUUCUUCUUCUUCUUCUCCAUAUAUUGGACGAAUAAAAU